AUGUUGUCUUCUCUUCCACUCCAUGAUUUCUGGGAAAAGACAGACACAACAUACGACACACAACAUACGAUAUAUAUCAGAGCUAAUGAGCAACCUGGAAAAGACUGGCCGUCACUAAGCUGCCCAAGCAGCAACGGGUUCAGGUUCUGGUCCCAUGAAUGGGAAAAGCACGGGACAUGCUCAGAGUCGGAGCUUGACCAGAAAGACUACUUUGAAGCGGCUCUCAAGCUCAAGCAAAAAGUUAACCUUCUGCAAAUCCUCAAAACAGCUGGGAUCGUACCAGAUGAUGGAAUGUACAGCUUGGAAAGCAUAAAAGAAGCCAUAAAAGAGGGUGCUGGGUACACCCCAGGGAUAGAGUGCAACAAAGAUUCGGCCGGAAACAGCCAACUGUAUCAGGUUUACCUGUGCGUCGACACUUCCGGCCAAGACAUCAUUGAAUGCCCUGUGCUUCCUAAGGGACGAUGUGCUUCAGAUGUUCAAUUCGCUAAAUUCUAA